CCUUCCAUCUCAGGAUUAAUUACUGCAGACUUUAUCCUGUUUCCCCUUAUGCUGCUUCUCUCUCCCACUGGCCCAGACACUUCUGUUCUGCUGCCACGGAGUGGGACACUUAUCUCCAGCCUUCUCUUUCCCUGCUGACCCCAGGACUUUUUCCCCAAGUGAAGGUCCGGGUCUCCUGGGUGACAGCGGGAUAAUUUGAUAAUGGAUCUGUCCAAGUUGAGAAAGCCAGUUCAUAGAGUCAAUCGUCGCCUUCGAAGAGUGGUCAGGGAGUGCUACAGCAGCAGCUCAGAAUGGCAUUUCCUGGAAAUGAGAGGCCAUCACUUUGCUUUAGAGAAGAAAAUUUGGUGAAUUGGCUACCAAUGAGAGAUUCCAGCUCAUCGUUUGCUGGAUCUUCAAGGAGGGAGCAGAAGUUUUGGCAGGAGCAUCACAACCAAGGGAGCAGUAAUCAAGAGGUCCAAAAACAAAUGAGGCAGAUCAACUCGGGCAAAAGAAGAUGCAAACCAAAAAAUACCAUCAUUCACAGCCAAAAAGACACCAUCAAGGAUAUCUGCACCGAUCCCAGCAGCAAGAAUGUGCCUUGCAAGAACGGGUGGGACAACUGCUUUGAAGGUGCAAAGCCACACCCUGUCACCAUCUGUGAGGAGAAGGCAAACUCUCAGCCUGGGAAAUGUCGCUACAACUGCACAAAGAAAGAAGCAGUCAAAGUUACCGUGGCCUGUGAGAAUGGGAGGCCUGUGCAUCUCGAACGCACCCGGGAUGAACUGUGAUUACCCUGAAAUGUUCUCAUUAUGAAAGAUAAUCCACUCUUCCAGUGAUGGAAGCAAUAGCUAUCUUAUAGGCUAGGCUCAUUUUCUUUCCUUAAAACUAUCCUCAAACCUAAUUAACCCUUGAUUUUGCAAUUCUAGGGGCUAAAAAACAAAAGCCAGAGAAAGUAAGCAGGAGUUGCUUUCCUUCCUCAAGCUAUCCUGGAGUGCCAGCCCAAUCUAUGGUCCAGGAAACUAUACCCAACUAAAUCAGUGCUAUGUCCUUGCUGAGUAUACUUUCUGCGUCAGGGCUAAGUAAACUUUUUGUUAACUGUU